GGAAAGAAAUCGCAAAAACGGUGACGUUGAAUGAAACGUCAAACCCUAGAGAAAACUCCAUCUCCAUGGCUGCUGCUGCCUCUGCAUUCAUAAACCCUAAGUUGAAAAGCCCAAACCUGAGGAAGAAGAAGAAGAAGAAGAAGAAGAAGAAGAAUAGAGAUAUGGUUAUAGAGAGCUACGUCGUGGUGCACAACAUCGCGAAGAGGCACAACGUUGGAACGCUGGCGAGGAGUGCCACGGCCUUCGGUGUGACGGAGAUCAUCCUUGUCGGCCGUCGAGACUUCAACGCCUUUGGCAGCCAUGGCUCCACUUCUCACGUUCGCUUCCGCCACUUCCACUCCCUCUCCGACGCCCGCCUCUUCCUCAAAGAGAAGGACUGUGAUAUUUGUGGGGUUGAGAUCACUGAUGGUGCCGCCCCUGUUAAUGAGCAUCCUUUCAAGAAGAGCACUGCUUUCCUUCUGGGCAACGAGGGGACUGGCCUUUCUGCUAAAGAAUGUGAAAUUUGUGACUUUUUUGUUUACAUACCACAGUAUGGGUGUGGCACUGCCUCCCUGAAUGUUACCAUAGCGGCUUCUAUAGUUUUGCACCAUUUUGGUGUUUGGGCUGGUUUUUCUGAGAGAGUCCGUGAUGGGAACAAGUUUGUUGUGGCUGAGAGACCUACGAAACAAGUUAGACGGAAUUACUGCAUGGAAACAGCAGAAUCUAUCAUUGAGGAGCGAAAGUCCAGAAGAGAAAAUGCUUCUAAUGGGUUCUUUGAUGAGAGCCAAAGCCAAAAUGGUGUCUCUUCUUCUAACCUCCUCGCUUCGUUGUACGGUGAUGAGUGAUCAAAGAUAAAUUAUAUGGCUUCCCUCCUUAAUACCAAAAUUUGACAUAGAACUUUGAAAGCAUAGGUCAAUGGUCUAUACUCUUCAACUGUUGCAACAUGUGGAUUAGGAGUUCUACCCAAUCUUUUUUUUGAAAAUAGGUAAUGGAAAGUUCUACCCAAUCUUGGACUGGAGAAAAGCAGUAAUUCAAUUCUUCAAUAGUUGCUAGGUUGCCCAUGUGCCAUGGUUGACUGAGUGUCCCCAACCUUGUAUCAAACUUGUUUUGGUUAGCAUCCUCUGUAAAGGUGAUUUCAAGGAUUAUAAUACCCACUGUCAUGUAUUUUAUAUUAACAAUGAGAAGAUUAAUUGAUGUUUUGAGUCUCUGUUCACACGUGAAAGUCAUUUUCAGUCCCUCUUUCUAUGGUGUCUUUUUAGGUGCUUUUGUAUUUUAUGCUACAACAUGAAAAGACCUGCAGUAAAUAAAGUCAACAAUUUACCAAAGGAAAGAGUUGGCCCCAAAGCUCAUUAGAUCAAAUCCCUUGGGAUAAAUUACUUGCUUAAGACAGCAAUUAAGUAUUAAAAGCAAAGGUGACCCUUUGUAACACAUGUAACCUAUUGGAUUAAUUGGCACAAAAUUUAUGUUCACUUCUUUCUUUAGAUAUUGACUUUUGCACAUUUUGCAGUUGAGCUUUCACUUCUCCUGAAAAAUCAUAAACAUUCUACAGAAGGAAUUGGGAAUGGAGAAUCUACAUACGCAAGCUUCCUGGCUUGUUAGACACUCUAGGGUCAACUGAGUUUUGGUAGAUUCUUUGUGUUUUUUUGUUGAACCUACCAUUGAAAACUUGUCUAAUUAGACUAGAGACAAGGAGGAGUUCUGUUGCACAUUUGCCUUUAAUUGGUGGGUUUUUACUUUCAAGUGAAAUUAUAGACAAGAAAUCUAGUUCCAUUGGUAGCAGUUGUUGUGGGGUUUCCAAAGUUUGUCCUGUUGGGAAAAGAAGUUCAACGACAUUUUUCCUUUGUC